AAGAGAGGAGAAAGAGAGAGAGCAGAGAGCGAGAGGAGAGCGAGGUGUAGAGAAACCGAGGGGGAGAGAACCCGAGUGUGUGUAUGCGUGUGCGUGUGUGAGCGCGAGCGAGCUUGCGAGGGAGAAGAGCGAGAGAGUGCGAGCGAGAAAGAAUAAAAGGAAAGAAGAUUUUCUCUAUGUAUAUAAAGAUGGCCACGUUAGCAAACGGACAGGCUGACAACGCGAGCCUCAGUACCAACGGGCUCGGCAGCAGCCCGGGCAGCGCCGGGCACAUGAACGGAUUAAGCCACAGCCCGGGGAACCCGUCGACCAUUCCCAUGAAGGACCACGAUGCCAUCAAGCUGUUCAUUGGGCAGAUCCCCCGCAACCUGGAUGAGAAGGACCUCAAGCCCCUCUUCGAGGAGUUCGGCAAGAUCUACGAGCUUACGGUUCUGAAGGACAGGUUCACAGGCAUGCACAAAGGCUGCGCUUUCCUCACCUACUGCGAGCGUGAGUCAGCGCUGAAGGCCCAGAGCGCGCUGCACGAGCAGAAGACUCUGCCCGGGAUGAACCGGCCGAUCCAGGUGAAGCCAGCGGACAGCGAGAGCCGAGGAGGUAGUAGCUGCCUGCGCCAGCCCCCUUCACAAGAUAGAAAACUCUUCGUGGGCAUGCUCAACAAGCAGCAGUCCGAGGACGACGUGCGCCGCCUCUUCGAGGCCUUCGGGAACAUCGAGGAGUGUACCAUCCUGCGCGGGCCGGAUGGCAACAGCAAGGGGUGCGCCUUUGUGAAGUACUCCUCCCACGCCGAGGCGCAAGCCGCAAUCAACGCCCUGCACGGCAGCCAGACUAUGCCGGGAGCCUCGUCCAGUCUGGUGGUCAAGUUUGCCGACACUGACAAGGAGCGCACGAUGCGGCGGAUGCAGCAGAUGGCUGGCCAGAUGGGCAUGUUCAACCCCAUGGCCAUCCCGUUCGGGGCCUACGGCGCCUACGCACAGGCACUGAUGCAGCAGCAGGCGGCACUAAUGGCAUCAGUCGCACAGGGCGGCUACCUGAACCCCAUGGCUGCCUUCGCCGCCGCCCAGAUGCAGCAGAUGGCGGCCCUCAACAUGAAUGGCCUGGCGGCCGCACCCAUGACCCCAACCUCAGGUGGCAGCACCCCUCCGGGCAUCACUGCACCAGCUGUGCCUAGCAUCCCGUCCCCCAUUGGGGUGAACGGCUUCACCGGCCUCCCCCCACAGGCCAACGGGCAACCUGCUGCGGAAGCUGUGUUUGCUAACGGCAUCCACCCCUACCCAGCGCAGAGCCCCACCGCCGCGGACCCCCUGCAGCAGGCCUACGCUGGAGUGCAGCAGUAUGCAGCCGCCUACCCUGCUGCCUAUGGUCAGAUAAGCCAGGCCUUUCCUCAGCCACCUCCAAUGAUCCCCCAGCAACAGAGAGAAGGGCCCGAGGGCUGUAACCUGUUCAUCUACCAUCUGCCCCAGGAGUUUGGGGACGCUGAGCUGAUGCAGAUGUUCCUCCCUUUCGGUAAUGUCAUCUCCUCGAAAGUGUUUGUGGAUCGGGCGACUAACCAAAGUAAAUGCUUUGGCCACCAGAGCCACAUUGCUGAGGAGUCAGGAAGAGCAAACUGGUCCUGCCCUCAGGAAGCCUCAGGUCUGAGCUUAGAUGACAAUCAUGCCUACUGCGCAGCACUGAAGUCUGCAAGGCACCAAGUAAUGGAGCAGAGAGAAAGGCUUCGUGAGCUUCGACAACCCGGCCAGCGCGCAGACCGCCAUCCAGGCCAUGAACGGCUUCCAGAUCGGCAUGAAGAGGCUCAAGGUGCAGCUGAAGCGGCCCAAAGACGCCAAUCGCCCAUACUGAGCGCCGGCGGGAGCGUCCCCCGGGGGAGACCAGGACUCGCACAGGGCCAGUCAAAUCCACCACAGUCUCGCGCUGAGCUAGGAAUAAAGUUCACGUAAUCACAUGAGAGUGGAGAAAACAGUCCCCCAUCCGGCAGGAUGCUGAACGGGCUACAUUAAAAAACAAACCUCUCUCUAUAUAUAUUUAUAAAUGAGAACUGUUGGAUGACACCUUUGACAUAUCAGCCAAUAUCAAUCAAGCUGAAGACUCCAGACACUUUCUGUGACUGUAACAUUUCUUCAAGGAAAGUAUAGCGUCUGUGGAGUUCAGAGGGCACGUGUUUGGGGGAAAAUAUAUAUGACCCAAGAAGAUGAAGAAAAAUGAGAAAAAAAAAACACAAAAAAGGCAACUUUAAAACAAAAUAACUUGAGACCAGAUGGGGAGGCUGAAGGGCUGGGAAGUGGGAAGAGACGCUGCUUACCGAUCCCCGGGGCUUUUCCAGCCCGUGGGCGCCUGAGGCAGGCUGGGGCAAGCGGUGUGGCGGGGCCUGGUCCCCAGGGGGCGGCUGGGAGGCCGCUGCUGAGCAUCUCUAUCUGUCAUUCCUUUAGCUAUUUAGGGACCAAAGGACCAAACUUUUUAUUGCAGCUGUGUAGCUCUAUGUCAAAUAGAGGGGGAUGGAGGAGAACCUCCUUCCUGCCUCGUGGCUGUUCUUGAAACAGCUUAGAGCGAUUCUAUGAAAAAAUGUAAUAAAAAAAUUAAAAAAAAAAACAAAAAAAAGCAAAAACAAAAAAAAAAGGAAAAAUAAUGCUUCAAUGCUUUUAAAACAGCAAGAUAAUAGUUCUUUGAUACUUUGAGAGGCGCUUUGAUUACCCUCAUUCAAGUCUAUGACACUUUCCUAUGGUUUUCUGUAUUAUAUGUCUGGAUGGAGCUGUUAAGAUGAACAAAUUGGUGGAUAUUUGGGGAAAGCAACAAAAAUGUUAAAACUCAUUAACCGUGAAGUGUGAGAAAACAAGGAGGGGAAAAAAGGGACUUACAAGGCAAGAGAAUUGUUGUGAAAAGUCUGUAAAUGCUUCUAACUCUUCCCCCUCUUAAAAUCAUAAUAGUUGUACAGAAUUUUAAAAAAGGAGAAGUUUAAAAUACCUAUAUAAUAGAAGAAAAAUUAGAGGAAAGCAAAAAAUAAAAAAAAAAAGGAAAAAAAAAACCUAUAGAAGUUAGCGUUACUGCUAAAAUCCCAGAUGUUGUAGGACUGUACUUUUGUAGAGUUUAGACUGAGCAUCGAUCCCUUCUCCCCGCGAGUGCUGUCGGACGCCGUGCACCCCGAGGGCCUGGCCGGACUCGCCCAGACCUGCGGGCUCCCGGCCGCUCACCGCGCGGGUGGGGGCCGCGCCGUCGCUGGAAGGCCCGCCGCCCGCCCUCGCCUGCUUCGCUCCGGAGCUGCGCGCGCUCGCCCGCUCUCCGCAAGCCCUCGACACCUGCCGCUUCACUCGCCUUCCAUGCUUGCUCCAGAGACUUUCCGGGCAAGGGAGACCUGGGAAAUUCAUCGUAAAACAACUAAACAACACACACACACACAAAAACCUUAAACAAGAGAGAGAAAAAUAAACAAUCUUUGAAGAAUUUCUGAAACUGUUUACAAGGAAUUUUGAAAAACAGGGAUGUUUAAAUGAUGCCGGCUCUGUUUUUCUGUAAAUAAAUUUGCAUAUUUUGUAGGACUUUUAAUUGUAAUGAUAGAGAAAAAAAACAAGGAAAACUAUUUAAUGAAAGCACGAUAUUUAUCUUUGGUAAAUGACUUUAGAGCAGUUAAAAAGACAUUGCUUAAAAAAACUCAGAAUCAGAAAAAAACACUGAAUUAUUUAAGAACACAUAUAUUUUAAAGUAUAACAUAUUUAUUAUAAUUUAUUUGCACCGUUGGGAAGACUUGCUUUGGCAUUCUGCCUUGAUACCCUCCUCUCAUUGAUGUCCAGGUCAUUUGGAGGCCAGGGGGCUCUCGGACUUACCAACCCCCUCCCUUUUCUUUUUUCUUUUUUUUUUGCUUUAGACGAACAACUGUCUGGUUCCUCUUAGGCCUCCUGCCUUUCCUUUCUUUCUGUCUAUUUCGUUGGUUAAUUAUCAUUUUUUAAAAUUUUCUUUUUCUUUCUCUUGGCUCCUCCUUUUAGGAUGUCCAGAUGUUGUAAAAAAAAAAAAAAAAAAAAAACAGCCGCAGUUCAG